AUGAUCAAAUCAAUUAUUGGGAAGAGUUUUCAACUUUCUAAAAGAAAUAACACUUUUAAUAAUACAUUAAUCAACAAUCAACUUUCAAAGCCUUCAUUAUUGCCACAAUUUAUUGAAUUAAUCAAUAAUCAUCGUUCCUUCUCUCUGACUUUAUCUUUACAUGAUGAAGAAAAGGCUUCUCCGAUAUUAUUAAAUAAUAAUCAAACAAAUAAUUCAACAAGUACAAAUAAUAAUAGUGGAAAAAGUAAUUCCGAAGAAAAAUCAAGUAAAUCCAAUAAAUCCUCUGAUGGAGGUGGAGGUGGCGGUGAUGGAAAGAAGAAAUCAUCUAAAACAUUUAGUGUAUAUAUGAAGAAAUGGUUAACUUAUGGAGUAUUAACGACUAUUGCAAUUACUAGUGUAAAUUAUCAAGAUAUUGUAGCAGAAAAGAAGAGUAUUGAAUGGAUUAAAGAUGGUUCUAGGAAUACUGACAAUAAUGAGAAUCAUAGAUCCCCUUCAUUAAAUCAUCACCAUUUGUGGAUUUCUCGAGAGGAAGAAGUAAAGAAUUUGGAAAGUUUAAUUAGUACUAAUCAUGAUAGAGAAAUUGCACCUUCAUAUAUAUUGGUAGUUGGAAGAAAGGGAGAUGGAAAGUCAAAUAUUUCAAAGGAACUUUCUAAAAAGAUUGGAAAGUCCUGUAUUCACAUUCAAUUCCAAAGAGAUAUGAAAGAAAUUCAAAUUGUGGAAGAAAUUGCAAAAGCAGUGAGGUAUUAUCCAUUCAUGAAUAGAAAUGAUCUACCUCUUCACAAGUAUAUUGUAAGAAGUUUUUUGGAAAUUGUUAGACCUUCAAAACCAACAUUUUCUGAAAUGACUCAUGUAUUGAAAUCAAUAACUUCAAAGAUGAAAGAUGAAGAAUUAGUUCCAUAUUUUAUAUUUGAUGGAGUGGAUACUCUUGUUAAAAAGAAUAAUGAAAGUGUAGAAUUUAAUCUCUUACCUGAUUUGAUUGAGCUUUGUAAAGAAGGAUCGACUAAUAAUUGGUUUGGAAGUGUUUUAUUCACAAAUGAGGAAGGAAUGAAGCAUGUACAAUCUUCAUCUGGUCGUUAUGCUAUUAGUAACAUUUAUUAUUUGCCUGGAAUCAAGAAAUUGGAUGCCAUUUCAUACCUCUCUCAAUCAACAUCACGUGAAAAUGCUGAAAUUUUGGUAAAUGAUAUUUGUGGGGAUCAUCUUAAAACAAUACUUGAUGUUUCUAAAGAAUUGAAAAUGAAUUUAUCAAACGAAGAAAUUAUUCAACACUUUGUGAAAUUUGUAAAACAAAAUUUAAGAGGUCUAGAGCUAGGUCAAAUACCCAAUAAUAAGGAAGCAUUUGCCGUUUGGAAUCUUUUAUAUUACAUGUCAAAGAAUGGAGGAGAAUGUACCAUCAGUGAAGCCUCAAUAUGUAUUGGAUAUGAAAACAAACCAUUACAAGUCAUCAUUGAGAAUCUUAUUUCAAGAGAUUUGAUUCGUACCAAGGCUGAUGGACAACUUUCGUUUUAUAAUAAUGCCGUUGGUUAUUUAGUGAAUAGAUCUAGGUCAAGAAAUGUUGAUCUAUUCCACAAGUUCGACAAAGUGCAACCAAAAGAAAGAAUUUUAGAUUUUUAA